GAGAUGUCCCAAGAGCUACAAGAACACUCACCAUCCAAAGAUUUGGUGCCAGACCCUUCUCCGCCUCAGCGCCCAUCUCUACACGGUCCCUUGAAAACGGAAAGCACCCUGGUACCGCCUGUGCGUGACUCUAAACUAGACCAGGAAGUCGACUCUCCAGAGAAGCCAGAGGAUCUAGAGGAACCCUGUAACACAAUCAGCAACAAUUAUCUGACAGUCGGCACAUCUACCACAGGCCUAGGUGAUGUCGGCAAACCAUCCCAAUCGGUUGCUGCCACGAGCCCUUCGCGGGUUCGCCGCCGUCGAUACGAUGUCUUUGUCCUUUUGCUCAGUAUUAUCAUGCUGCUGUGGCCUUGGGCUACGUGGGGCGCCAUCUUUGGUGUCAAAGGCGUAAAGAUGAACAAUGGAUUAGCCAAGAUCGUCGACAAGCAUCCUCAAACAACGAACUUCCUCGUCACGGUUGUCGGUACAUUGAUAGCCUUUGGCGUUGAUCUCGUCUUUACCAUCGCCGUCGUCCGCCUUUCCCAUGAGGCCCUGAUUAACAAAGGUGUCCCGACUAGCCUGUUCCAUGUCACCCUGGCAGGGGCGUUCCGGUCGCAUAGUAUUCAGUGGCCUUGGAGCCACUUGAAGUUACUACUCAUUCCGCAUUUCUGGCCGAUCUUUGCUCUGUGCACGUUCAUCUUGACUUUGCAGUUCGUACCUUCGGGCUCAACAUCCUUGUUGCUUCCUGUCCGCUUCGACCGGAACGAGACACUGUCCGGAACUGAGUUGGAUUUCGCAUCAACCGAUCCUGGCUGCAUCUCAUGGUUGGACGAGCACAGGCUUGGAAACGAAUGCGACUGGCGAGAGUACCGAAACGAGAAUUACACAACGUGCUUGGGGCAGAAUCAACUACUCGAUGUAUUGGCUUCUGGUCGUAGCCGGAUGCUGUCGAUGUCCCCUAAUAACACGGAGAGCUUGUCACUGAACCAGCUUGGCGCAAAGGAUGGGAUGCGCCUCCUUGGACCCCUCCGCGGAAUUCUGCCUAUGGGACCAAACGGCCCUCCAGCCUUCGAUCGUCUGGACAACUCCCCCUGGUCGCCAAGCCGCAAAGACCUGGCCGAUGGUAUGCUUUCAUAUAAUUACACCCUCAAUUACCAAGGUCUCGCAAGCAAUAUCUCAUGCUUAUUCGAUCCCACCACGCCUAUCAGAAUUCGAGCAAAUAUUGCGGGAGAGAGUGCCUUGAUAUCCUACAAUGCGUCAUGCCCCGACGGCAUCGAUUUUCUGAGCGACAGCGGCGUGACGGAUGUUGUGGUCCCCAAUUCCAACAAUUCGUUCGCAUUCUGGGCCUGCAAGGCACCUUCCAUGGACGAAAGCUUCCCAUCGUAUUACCUCUACUUCAGGGGAUUGAGAAACUACGUGGAUACGAUGGGGAACAUUACAUGCCUUCUCUCUCCCCUCCAGACUUCCGUUUUCCCGACCACCUAUUUGUCUGAAGGGAAACUGUUUACGUCUCCAGAGAACGCCACUUCAGCCCCUUCACCGGUGUACGAUGGACUCAUCGAACAGUCGCUGGUUGGCCUAGUCGGCGUCGCAAAGGAUGCUCAGAGCUACCAGUCCAACUUGGUCCACGAGAGCGUCGUAACAGUUGGAGUGAAGUCAUUUGACCUGGAGCCUCAUGGGCGACAGGAUCGUUAUCUCCCUCUGUUGGCGGCGAUGGUACAAGGUAUGCUAGAGUAUGAGGUCACUUACUCUCGACUCCUUUACUCAACCGAAGACAUACCACCAAGCUGCAUCCGCCAAAUCGAUGGCCUUGUGACAUACAGAGUAAUUGGAUGGGAAGGAAAGCUUGCUCACAUCGGCUUCCUCAUGCCGAUGACUCUGGUUAAUGCAGCCUCUGUCGUUUUCAUCAUCAUUGCCAUUGCGAGUCCUUGGAAGGCACGAGCUCCUCAGCGACACGCAGAAGAGGACGUCCCCACCCAGGAAGUCAAGCCUGACGAGAAAGAACGUCUGCUGGAUCAUUAUGAACAAGAGAUCGACUACCAAAAGAUGAUAUCACGCAGGAAGUUGGCCACUGAUGCAGAAGAGAGGGCUAUCACGAUGGGAUUGGGACAAUUGGGAGGAACAAUGGCUGUUUUCGAAGAGCUGUUGGAUUGA